ACAACAAAAGCASCUCAUCAAGGAGCAAAAAACAAAAUGUUGAUACUCGGUUAAAAGAYCUUAGCAUAAGUUYUACUUCUAAUGCAAGAUCACCCCAGAGAUCACCACUAGGUACACGUCCUAUACAUUCUAAAACAUCCUUGCCAAAACAGUCAUCCAAAGUUGUCACGACUUCGAUAUCAACCCGUAGCAACGAAGAGAUGUCUGUGGUCGCAAAAGCCAAGGGCUCCAGCAGGGCAUGUCAACCAUUGGCUAGUGGUUCUAAAGUUAUUGCUCCUAAAGAAUAUACUUGUCGACCUAUAAUACCUGCCARAAAAGCAGAACUUUUGCCUGUCGCAARAGCGAUGCAUCGUGAUGAAUUCGCUCCUCGGGUGAAAAAACUAUUUGAUCCUGAACGAGAAGCUGCGAUAGAAGCCAUUCAAAGCGGUAUCUACAUUGGAUGGAGAACAGAGGGAAUUAAACACGAUUGCAUUCGUGUUGGUAGUAAUUCUAAAUGUUUUUGUGGACAUCUUCUCAAUCAACAUGGGAAGUAUGACGGGAACAGUGUGCGGGUUCCCUGUGUAGUAGCCAAAUGCAAGUGCAAAGCCUUUGCAUUCAUACCCUCAAGAGCUGAAGAUGUCGGUGAGUUUUGGCUGCAAAGACGUCCCAACUUUGAUCCUAGCACAUGGAGAGCAAAGUGUAAAUGUAAGCACACUCAUGAAGAACAUGUACCCACCGGGAUGCGUGGGUGUCGCKCGAGAGGUUGUGGUUGUUCGACGUUUUUCUCUAAUUUUCUUUGCUGCGCUUGCGAUAAGCACUGGGAAGAUCACGAGACAGUUUUCGAGACAACAGACAUGAGGAGAUCUGCAGGGAUUCCUUAUGGAGAGGAUUAUCUCCCAUUUAACGAGUUUCCUGAGCUGCGCAACGUAGUGCUGACUGGACGGGAAGACAAUGAUACCCAGUACCAACAAUUAACUGAAGGGAGGUUUGCUAUUCCUAAAGACUCACCCACAUCACUUGCACUGCAACUAAAAGGAGACUCUAUUCCGCACACAAGAAAAUAAUGUGUAUGUAUAAUACCUCAGAAAUGGUAUUGUUACUCAGUCGAUAUAAUUAGCAAAUAUUGUGAAAGAGACAGUAUGACUUUGCA